AUCUUUUUCUUCCAAAACCGAUUAAUUCAACUUCCGUACUCUGACAGUUAGACCGCACAACAGCAUUUUCCCGGAAAAUCCUCUCUCAUAAUUUCAUCUCUCUCACGGUGAUCUCUCUCUGGAUUUUUCUCCGAACACUGACAGGAGGAGGAAGAAGAAGAAGCAAAACGCAGCGCAGCGCGUGGUUCUCACCUUCCGGUCCAUCAAUGGAGUACCAAGCUCCGUCCGUGGCGCUUUCUCAGAAGCUCUCCAACGGUCUCUCCAUCUACGACGGCGUUUUCUCCUCCGCAGCUGCAUCCAAGUUCAAAGGCUCGAGUUUCUCCACCCGAGUCGACGACUACGGCGAGAUUUUCGGCGGCUCCGGAGCUUCGUCGAUUCCGGUGCUCGACGUUCCGGAGCUCCGUGAGCGGAAGGCUUCGGUGGAUGUUCGGAGCUCGAAGCUCGAUUACUCUAACGUCUUCGGUGGAUUUGGAGAUUCGGAUUUCGCAGUGCCGUAUGAGGAGCUCUUUGCGGAGCCGAAGAAGAAGGAAAGAAGGAAGCCGGCUGAAAAGCAGUCGCCUUCGAAAGAGGCAGAUCCUUCUAAUACCGAGGGGAAUCGUGUUUUGUCACAUGAAGCGUCUUGUCAAUCAUUUGAUGGUGCCAAGAAGCUCAACAUGUCAUACAAUAAAACCAAUCACAGAAGCAAAAGUUUUACAGGCGGAACAAUGCUUCAUGCUGUUCCAGCAUAUACAUGUUUGGUUGAUGAAGUCAGUCCCGUACGCGCGACUGAAGGUGAUAAACCGGUACCUUGCAAAGAAAAUGGUGCUUCCCCUAACAAUAAUUUAUGUGAGAGAAUGACGGAGGGCAACCAUCUGAAGACGGCAAGAGACCUCCCAGCUGUUGAUGAUAGGAAGCAGACUUCUGGGGCAGGUGCCAAGGUUCAGAAUAAUUAUGAUCGGAAAAGAUCCAUUUCGCACAGUGAGUUAUUUAAUGCAUGUGAAAUUAAUCCUUCAAGCAGUCCAUCAAUUUCAAGCCCGCUGUCUGAGGGCAAGGUUGAAUUUGAGAAACCAAUGGCUUCUAUUUUUGGCAUGUCUAGAAGUGAUAAUUUAGAAGGUUCUGGCCUUGUUUCUUCACCACCGUACUUUGAUGAGGAAGUAGACACAAAUUCUACUGCUGCUGCCUCUGCGGCUGCUUUGAUAAAGGCAAUAGAGGAGGCUCAAGCAAGGAUAAAUAUGGCAAAAGAGUCGAAGGAAAGAAAGAAGACUGGUUUGCAAAAUCAUGUCAAACCGAGCUUUAACAAUGGCACAAAAUUUGAGGUGAAAGGAGAUAAAUUUGUAGAUACAGUAAGCAUACCAAAAGAGAGGAAGACUCGGGGGUUACAUGAAGAAGGGGCUGUUCCUGUUCAUGUAUCUACUAGUACAAAACUUGAGGUGAGGGGGGAUGGAUUUGCAGACAAAGUGAGCAUACACCAAGAGAGGCAGGCUCGGGAGCUACAUGAAGAAGUGGCAAUUUUUGUUCAUGAUUCUACUGGUAUGAAACUUGAGGCGAAGGAGGAUAAAUUUGCAGACAAAGUAAGCAUGCCUAAAGAGAGAAAGACUCGGGAGUUACAUGAAGAAGUGGCUGUUCCUGUUCAUCAUUCUACCAGUACAAAACUUGAGGUGAAGGGGGAUAAAUAUGCAGACAAAGUAAGCAUACCCAAAGAGAGAAAGACUUGGGGGUUACAUGAAGAAGUGGCUGUUCCUGUUCGUGUUUCUACUAGUACAAAACUUGAGGUGAAGGGGGAUAAAUUUGCAGACGGAGUUGGCCUACCCGAAGAGAGGAAGAUUCAGGAGUUACGUGAAGAAGUGGCUGUUCCUGUUCAUUUUUCAAUUUUUUCUAAUGGGCUGGCACAAGUAACUGCAGCACUUGAUGAUGUGAGUAAAAUUUUUGGUGCUAAGGAAACUGGAGGGAAAAUAGGGAAGGAAUCUAUAUCAACUCACAUAGGUCAUACACAGCAACAAGCUGAUGUACCAGAAGCAGCUGAACAAUUUUAUGAAGUUGCUGACACAGGUGAACCUGAUUUCUCAGAAGCAGCAGAACAGUUCUAUGAAUUUCCUGACAUGGGAGAACUUGAUCUAUCAGAACCAGCAGAAGUGUUCUAUGAGUUUUCUGACUCGAGUGAACACCAGGCUACAACAGUAGAGGGUGAAGAAGCCAACCCUGCCGUAAAAAUGAUACAAAUUGCUGAUGAAGAGGAACAGAAAAGGAAGAAGACAACCAUGGAAGCAUUUGAAAAUCCAGAACUAUGUGGCGAGAGAUUACAAGCAGCUAAAUACGAUGAACACGGGGAGUUAGAGAAGAUAUUCAGUCUGGAUGUAGGGUUAUCUAAGUGUGAAGAACAUGCAAGUGAACUGGAAACAGUUAAAGAUGCUUUUGAUCAGGAAGAAAAUGAGAAUAGACUGGAAGCUUCCAGAGAGCAUGAAGAAACUGGGAAGCUUCAGGUUUCCUAUUUGAAGGAAAUUCUUGAAGAGAAGCCAGGGGAGCUCGAGAAGCAAAAAGGAUACAACAGAAGACAUGAAACUCAAGAGUUACAGGAAACCAGACAUGUGAAACGGAAAUUGAUGUCUCAAGAGCGGGUUGGAUAUGAGAAGAUAGGCAACGAGGUUUACAAGCAGGAAGAAGAUGAGAGGGAGCAAAAACAUGUCCACAGGGAAGAAGACACUGUGAGGUGGUUCAACAAAGACAACAGGCAAAACAUCAUUGAGGAGACAUUUAAGGACUCUAACGAUGAGGAAUAUGUUGAGAAGAGAAAUGAGAGCAAGUCUAAAGGACAUGAGAAGCUUGACGACACAAGAGAAACUGAGAUGAUACCUGAAGGGGCCGCUAGUCAAGAGAUAGAAUGUGAGAAGAGACAACAAGAGAGGUUUCCACGUGUAGUAGAUGGGAGAACGGAAGUACUGAUUGAUCAGAGUACAGAGGAUGAGAAGGUGACAGAUGCUCGAGAGGAUCUAAAGAACCCAGACUGCAAUUUUGAGGCAACUAAUAACCUAUGUGAAGAGGGUGACAGUGAGGACCUAAAUGAAAAAGAGGGGCCCACUGGUCAUGCAGAGUAUGCCAAGGAUGUAGAAGAAACUCUGGAGGUACCUGCACAUGAAGAGGACGGGAAUAGAAUAGAAGUUGCCGAAACUUUGGAUGAACUCAAAGAGAAUGUGGACCAUUCAGAAUCAGUUGAAGAGGAUAAUGGCACAGUAGAGAAAGAGAUGCAUGAAACAGACUGCAAUUUUAAGGCAACUAAUAACCUAUGUGAGGAGGGUGACAGUGAGGACCUAAGUGAAAAAGAGCGGUCCACUGGACAUGCAGAGUAUGCCAAGGAUGUAGAAGAAACUCUGGAGGUACCUGCACAUGAAGAGGACGGGGAUAGAAUAGAAGUUGCUGAAACUUUGGAUGAACUCAAAGAGAAUGUGGACCAGUCAGAAUCAGUUGAAGAGGAUAAUGGCAGGGUAGAGAAAGAGAUGCAUGAAACAGACUGCAAUUUUGAGGCAACUAAUAACCUAUGUGAGGAGGGUGACAGUGAGGACCUAAACGAAAAAGAGGCGUCCACUGGACAUGCGGAGUAUGACAAGGAUGUAGAAGAAACUCUAGAGGUACCUGCACAUGAAGAGAACGGGGAUAGAAUAGAAGUUGCUGAAACUUUGGAUGAACUCAAAGAGAAUGUGAACCAGUCAGAAUCAGUUGAAAAGGAUAAUGGCACAGUAGAGAAAGAGAUGCAUGAAAUAGACUGCAAUUUUGAGGCAACUAAUAGCCUAUGUGAGGAGGGUGACGGUGAGGACCUAAACGAAAAACAGGGGCCCACUGGACAUGCAGAAUAUGACAAGGAUGUAGAAGAAACUCUGGAGGUACCUGCACAUGAAGAGGACGGGGAUAGAAUAGAAGUUGCUGAAACUUUGGAUGAACUCAAAGAGAAUGUGAACCAAUCAGAAUCAGUUGAAGAGGAUAAUGGCACAGUAGAGAAAGAGAUGCAUGAAACAGACUGCAAACUUGCUGAGUUACCAAAGCAAGUAAAAGAUGCAACAGAGGUCCAUUCUUGUGACGAAAAUGGAAUAACUCUGAAGGGAAAUGACAUGAGCUCUGGCCAAAAGCAAGAUCACCAGUUUGUUAGAGAGCCCGAAGUAGUCAACGAUUUCGGAAAACAAGUUGAAGAAUUGGGAGAUAUAAAUAAGAAAAUGAUGGAAGCUGAAGUUUCUGCGAAGCAGGAAGAGAACAGGAAUAAUUCCAGGUCUUCACAUAGGAAAAGAUGGUUUGAUAAACUUGAUGUUUCUGAAACUCUUAUUAAGCUCAAGGAGAAUGGGAACCAAUCAGAAUCAGUUGAAGAGGAGAAUGGCAUGGAGGAGAAAGAAAUAUGUGAAGCUGAUGGCUUGGCUUCAGGUGUCAAACUUGCUGAGAUACUGAAGCAAAUGGAAGAUCCAAUUGAGAGCCAUUCUUGUGAAGAAAAUGGGAUAAAUGUAGAUAUAAAUGCCAUGAACUGUGGGCAAAAGCAAGAUGUCACUUUAGAAAAGCAUGUCGAAGAUAUGGAAGAAAUCAAUGAGGAUGUGAAGGAAGUUGAAGUUGUCGUGAAUCAGGAAGAGAACAAGAAUAAUUCCAAAUCUUCUCACAGGAAAAGGUGGUUUGAUGAUGGGACCAGUACAGAAGUGGCUCAGCUUUCUCAUAUCCUAAGAAGAAAGGGCAGAAAUAUGCGACUGGAUCAUGAGAUGGAGACAACAUGUGCAGAGGAAAAUAUGGAUAAUCAUAAAGCAACCACGACAGAAGAGUGUGUAAUCAUUCAUAGUUCACUGCAAGUCUUGGAACAAGAAAAAGGCGAUAAUCGUCAAACAACCUUGACUGCAAAGAAAAGUGAAAAACGUCAUACUUCAAAGAAAGAAGUGGAACAACAAAAAAUGGAAAAUCAACAAGAAACCCCGACUGCAGAAGAGUGUGAAACUAGUGCUAGAUUGCAAAAGGAAGUAGAGAUAGAGAAGGAACUCCUGAAACAAAAACAGAAUGCAAAAGGGAGGGAAAGGGAAAGAGUAAAGGAGAAAAAAGCUGUUGAAAGGGUAAUUCGGGAAGCUCGCGAAAGGGCAUUUGCUGAAGCUCGAGAAAGAGCUGCUGAAACUCGUCAAAAGGCAAUCGCUGAGGCCCAAGAAAGGUCGGGAAAGACUUCUGUAAAGGCUAAUGAUAUUUCCUUAGCUGAGAAGGCUUCAAAGGAAGCUAAACUAAAAUCUGAACGUGCUGCUGUGGAAAGAGCAACUGAAGAGGCUCGGGAGCGUGCCUUAGAAAAAGCAUUAUCUGGAAAGGCUUAUGAGGCAGGAAAGCAAGCUAAGAGAUCUGUUUCUGAGAAAUCUUCUGGUGCUUCUAGAGAUGAUGGAAUGAAACUGGGUGUUUUGCCCUCUGACCCAGAGUCUAAAUCAAGAUACCCAAGUUCUUCAAAUAACAGCGAUCCUUCCCCUGCUGAGAGGAGUGGUGGAAGUAAUGUUGAAUCAGCUCAAAGGUGCAAAGCUAAGUUGGAGAGGAAUCAACGGACGGCAGAACGUGCGGCUAAAGCUCUUGCGGAGAAGAAUAUGCGUGAUCUUCUUGUACAGAAAGAGCAAGCUGAGAGAAAUAGAUUAGCAGAAGGUCUCGAUGCCGAGGUCAAAAGGUGGUCAAGCGGGAAAGAGAGAAAUUUGCGGGCACUACUUUCAACGCUACAAUACAUACUCGGGCCGGAUAGUGGUUGGCAGCCAAUUCCUCUAACAGAAAUCGUUACUACUGUGGCUGUAAAGAAAGCUUACCGUAAAGCUGCUCUCUUUGUUCAUCCUGACAAGUUACAGCAACGGGGUGCAAGCAUACAGCAGAAGUACACUUGCGAGAAGGUGUUUGAUCUUCUACAGGAGGCUUGGAAUAGAUUCAACGUAGAAGAGCGGUAGACUCUUUUGUUUUGGUACGUACAGAGGAGCAAAUAAAGUAUUACUGUGAUAGGUUCCUCUUGGAAUAAUUUAUAUAGCAAUAUUAGGAAAUAGAGUGUAGGCAUUCUUUGUAGAAAAUGGAAGUGUAAUCCUAUCAUCCUCUUUACCCAGAAGUAAGAAAAAUAGAAAAAGAUAAGAAAAUAUCCGUCCUCGUCCUCGUUUUGGUUC